CCCCCUUGCGCCUGCGCACAUCCCUUCAAAGCAGAAGGUCGCGCCUGGAGGAAGUGGCCGCUUUGGGUUCCGCGGCCGCAGCGCCAUUACUACUUCUCUGAAGCUCCCCUCGGCCGCUUGCCGUGACACCCCGCCGCCAAGAUGCCUCGAAUUAUGAUCAAGGGGGGCGUGUGGAGGAAUACCGAGGAUGAAAUUCUGAAAGCAGCGGUAAUGAAAUAUGGGAAAAACCAGUGGUCUAGGAUUGCCUCAUUGCUGCAUAGAAAAUCAGCAAAGCAGUGCAAAGCCAGAUGGUAUGAGUGGCUGGAUCCAAGCAUUAAGAAAACAGAAUGGUCCAGAGAAGAAGAGGAAAAACUAUUGCACUUGGCCAAGUUGAUGCCAACUCAGUGGAGGACCAUUGCUCCAAUCAUUGGGAGAACAGCUGCUCAGUGCCUGGAACACUAUGAAUUUCUUCUAGAUAAAGCUGCCCAAAGAGACAAUGAAGAGGAAACAACGGAUGAUCCACGAAAACUAAAACCUGGAGAAAUAGAUCCAAAUCCAGAAACAAAACCAGCACGGCCUGAUCCAAUUGAUAUGGACGAGGAUGAACUUGAGAUGCUUUCUGAAGCUAGAGCCCGCCUGGCUAAUACUCAGGGAAAGAAAGCCAAGAGGAAAGCAAGAGAGAAACAGUUGGAAGAAGCAAGGCGUCUUGCUGCCCUCCAGAAGAGACGGGAACUGCGAGCAGCUGGCAUAGAAAUUCAGAAGAAGAGAAAAAAGAAGAGAGGAGUUGAUUAUAAUGCUGAAAUCCCAUUUGAAAAAAAGCCUGCUCUUGGUUUCUAUGAUACUUCUGAGGAAAACUACCAGGCUCUUGAUGCAGAUUUCAGAAAACUAAGACAACAGGAUCUUGAUGGAGAGCUGAGAUCUGAAAAAGAAGGAAGAGAUAGAAAAAAAGACAAGCAGCAUUUGAAAAGGAAAAAAGAAUCUGAUUUACCAUCAGCUAUUCUUCAAACUAGUGGUGUUUCUGAAUUUACUAAAAAGAGAAGCAAACUAGUACUUCCUGCCCCUCAGAUUUCAGAUGCAGAACUUCAGGAAGUUGUAAAAGUAGGCCAAGCAAGUGAAAUUGCACGUCAAACUGCCGAGGAAUCUGGCAUAACAAACUCUGCUUCGAGUACUCUUUUGUCUGAGUACAACGUCACCAACAACAGCAUUGCUCUUAGAACGCCACGAACACCAGCUUCCCAGGACAGAAUUCUGCAGGAAGCGCAGAACCUCAUGGCUCUGACCAAUGUGGACACCCCAUUAAAAGGUGGACUGAAUACCCCUCUGCACGAGAGUGACUUCUCAGGUGUGACUCCACAGCGGCAGGUUGUACAGACUCCAAAUACAGUUCUUUCUACCCCAUUCAGGACUCCUUCUCAUGGAUCCGAAGGGCUGACUCCUCGGAGUGGAACGACUCCCAAACCAGUUAUUAACUCCACCCCGGGUAGAACUCCUCUUCGAGACAAGUUGAACAUUAAUCCUGAGGAUGGAAUGGCAGACUACAGUGAUCCCUCUUAUGUGAAGCAGAUGGAAAGAGAGUCUCGUGAACACCUCCGUUUAGGGUUGUUGGGCCUUCCUGCUCCUAAGAAUGACUUUGAAAUUGUUCUACCAGAAAAUGCUGAGAAGGAGCUGGAAGAUCGUGAAAUAGAUGAUACUUACAUUGAAGAUGCUGCUGAUGUAGAUGCACGAAAGCAGGCCAUACGAGAAGCAGAACGUGUAAAGGAAAUGAAACGAAUGCACAAAGCUGUCCAGAAAGAUCUGCCAAGACCAUCAGAAGUAAAUGAAACUAUUCUAAGACCCUUAAAUGUAGAACCACCUCUAACAGAUUUACAGAAAAGUGAAGAACUAAUCAAAAAAGAAAUGAUUACAAUGCUUCAUUAUGACCUUCUGCAUCACCCUUAUGAACCAUCUGGAAAUAAAAAAGGAAAAACUGUAGGAUUUGGUACAAAUAAUUCGGAGCACAUUGCUUAUCUGGAACAUAACCCUUAUGAAAAGUUCUCCAAAGAAGAACUGAAAAAGGCCCAGGACAUUCUGGUGCAGGAGAUGGAAGUGGUAAAACAAGGAAUGAGCCACGGAGAACUCUCAAGUGAAGCCUAUAACCAGGUGUGGGAAGAAUGCUACAGUCAAGUUUUGUAUCUCCCUGGGCAGAGCCGCUACACACGGGCCAACCUCGCUAGCAAAAAGGACAGAAUUGAGUCACUUGAAAAGAGGCUUGAGAUAAACAGGGGUCACAUGACGACAGAAGCCAAGAGAGCUGCAAAGAUGGAAAAGAAGAUGAAAAUUUUGCUUGGGGGUUACCAGUCUCGUGCUAUGGGGCUCAUGAAACAGUUGAAUGACUUGUGGGACCAAAUUGAGCAGGCUUACCUGGAGUUACGCACUUUUGAAGAACUCAAGAAACAUGAAGACUCUGCUAUUCCCCGGAGGCUAGAGUGUCUAAAAGAAGAUGUUCAGCGACAACAGGAAAGAGAAAAGGAACUUCAGCAUAGAUAUGCUGAUUUACUGCUGGAGAAAGAGACUUUAAAGUCCAAAUUCUGAAACAUAGAUUAUAUUCUGUCACAAGAUGAAUUAAUUGCUGGUUUUCAUACUCUGGAAGGCUGAAACUGAUGUUUAUCUUCAUUGACAAAUUUGCCCACGAUCUGUGGUUUUUCAGUUGUUUAUUUUAAGUGAUAUCGAUCUCACACAUUCUGUGUAUAAAGACUUUAACUCCAUAGGGCAUUUUAGGGUUUAAAUUAUUAAGGUGAUCAUUCUUUUAGCAGUGUCAUAUUUGCAAAAUUUUUUCAGUUUGACCUUUAAUUUUAAAAGCCUGAUUUUAAAAUGCUGCCUGUGAGUAAACUCUUGAAUAAAAACAAAAUAUAAAAAAUUGAGAAUGUAGCCCUUUGUUUGAAGUAAUUAGAUACUUAGAGUGCCCACAAACCAGCAAAUAUGUACUCUGGGUCGUAUUUAAUGAGUAACUCUCGGGUAAUCAAAAUGGCAAUCCAGAAUCUUAACUUAAAUCCUUAAGAGGCAAUCCUUUUGUGGCUUUGUUAGUUUUGACCGUUUUAGCAUAGAACGGUCAUUUCUCUGUACACUGACAAGAUAGAUUAAGUUUUUCAUAGCUCAUUUUUCUUUUUCAGUAUAACUUUAGGGAAGGUUUCUUCUCUGCGCAGCUACUUAGACAGUUUGUGGAUUAGGACUCAAAAGAUUUAAUUUUUCUUGCCCUGUUAUUUUCUUGUAAAUAUUUUUUUGACAGGCAUUUUAAAGAUAAAUUUCAACAAGGCUAUCAAACUUUAUUAAAACUGUGUUUAUCUGAAGUCAAUCACACGAGUGUAGAAUUUGGGGAAUGGGUAAAGGUGGGAAGAUCUAACUUUAUAGCAAUUCGUAUGAGGUCAUGUAGGACAGUAUUGAUUGGCUACAGGUUCAGUAUGGGCCAACAGUGUGUUGGACCCACCAAAAGAUUGCUCAGUCUUAGACUACUGGAGACUAAGGAAGGAAAGAAGAGGUUUUCUUCCUUCAUUGGUUCAUUUAUCAGAUUUUAUUGACUAUAUACCCAGUGUUGGAGUCCUGGAGAUAGAACAAUCAAUAAAAUAGGUAUGGUUCCUGUUUUGUGGAGCUUACCAGUCUAUUGAGAAUGCUAGACAAGUAAAAUUCACAUGUUUAUUGGGUGACUCUUCUUAUGUGUUAGGCACUUAUUUAAGUCUUGGUGAUUAACAGUUAUUAAGACAAAGUUCCUGCUCUCAUGGAGGUGACGGUAGUGGGAGGAGAUACUAAACAUACAGGGAAAAGUAUUAGAUCAUGAACUUUAGAUUCUAUGGAAGGAAGUAAAAUAUGGUGAUGAGAGAGAGUGGCUGGGUGGCUUCUUUAGGUUGGAUGAUCAAAGAGCUCUCUGAGGAGGUAGCAUUUAGGAUAAGAUGUGAUUGGCGUCUUGGAAGGAGCCAUCCUUGGGAGAUUCAAGGGAAGAGCCAUGUCGGCAGAGUGAGUAACUAGCACAAAGCCCCUUUGGUGUGUUUGAGAAACAGAAAGGAAGACAGUGUGGCUAGAGUGUCAAGAAUGGCAUUUGUAUAAGGCCUGGUUGUACAGGGCCAUGUAAGGCUGUGGUAAGGAAUUUGAAUCUUAUCCUAUGAUGGGAGGCUGUGAAAAGAUUGUAAGCAAAGGAAUGACAUGAUCAGAGUUGUUUUAGAAACAUCCUGUGGCCAUCCUGUAUGAUGUCUCACCAGGCUGAGUUAAUUUGGGAGCCUGAUUCAGUAAUCUAGGCAAAAAUAAAAUCGAGUCAAACUAGGAUAGAGGCAGUCUUGAUGGAGACAGGUGGAAAGAUUGGAGCUGCAAUAAUUCUGUAGUCUCACCAGAUCAUAAAUGUCUACUUUCCUAGUAUCUAGUCACUUAAUUCUAGUACUUUUUUCAGUAAUUUCGUAUGGGUUUUCUAGGAAAUACUUUAUCAUCUAUGAAUAAUGAUAAUGUUUCUUGUAAUUAUUUUUGCUGCAUGUUUUGUUGGCGGAAAUGUUGAGGACAAUGGUAAAUGGUGAUGAUAGUGGACACUCAUGUUUUGUUUCCGAUUGUAACGUGAAUAUCCAGUGUUUACCUUUAGGUUGGCUGUUUUGAGUCAGAUAUUCUUUAUUUAGAAAGGAUAUCUAGAAAUACCUAUUUUUAGUUUUUCAAGAAUUUGAAUUGGGAAUGGCUCUGAAAUUUUGUC